GCUCCAAAGAUGGAGUCUUUCGAUUUAGUCAUCGUCGGAGCUGGCAUCCACGGCAUGACUAUGCUAAAGACAUAUCGAGAGGUCAAUCCGAAAUCUUCAAUAUUAGUGCUAGAUAAAGGCACCUCACUAGGUGGUGUCUGGGCUAAAGACCGGCUGUAUCCUGGUCUCCACACCAAUAAUCAUUUCAGGACAUUUGAGUACAGUGACUUCCCAAUGAGUACAGAGGGCUUCGACUUAGAAAACGACCACGUUCCAGGCGAACACGUUAAUGGUUAUCUCUACAGUUAUGCUCAGAAGUUCGACCUCCUAAGGCACAUGCGCUUCGGCUCCAGUGUAGAAUCUGCCGUCGACGAAGGUGACGUUGGGUGGACCUUGACGAUCAGAGACGAAACGACCGAGAAGAAAGGCCUGAGCAAGAUUAAGGCCGUAAAGUUAAUCAUUGCUACGGGCUUGACUUCUGAACCGUUUAUGCCUAAAAUGGAUGGCAAGGACGACUUUGGAGCCCCGAUUUAUCAUACCAGCGAAUUUGCAAAGGCCUCAAACGGGCUAGGACCAUAUAAAAAGGUGGUACUUCUAAGCGGUGCCAAGUUUUCUUGGGAUAUAGCUUGUGCCUACGCAUCUGCUGGGGUUCAGGUCGACUGGGUCAUUCGGGAGUCCGGCCAUGGGCCUUGUUGGAUGAUGCCAAAUCGAUUGACGCCUCUUAAAGCCAUCCCAGAACUUCUUGUUCAAACAAGAGCCAUCACGUGGAUGAGUCCAUGUAUCUGGGGCGAUGCAGACGGUUAUCCUUCCAUCCGGAAAUUUCUUCAUCAGCACUGGCUCGGUCGUAGAAUCGUCGAUGGCUUCUUCAACAAAAUGCAGCACGGAGUCCUCGCCCACAACAAUUACGACUCUCAUCCUGAAACGGCGAAACUCAAACCUUGGGAUGAUGUGUUCUUCAUUGGCACGAAUCGUGGUCUAUUGAACUACGAUAGAGACUUCUUCGAGCUCGUUCGCAAUGGUAUCAUCAGGGUUCAUAUUGCAGACAUCACUCACCUCUCUGAUCACACGGUCCACCUAUCCAACGACGAAACAAUCUCUGCGGAUAUAUUAAUCUGUGGAACGGGUUGGAAGGACGCUCCCCCUAUCAAGUUUGACACAGAAAGGGAGCUCGGGCUGCCAGGUUCCACGUCGCCGGCUGCAUGGAAAUACAUUCCCAAAGCCGACGCUGAGAUCCUAGAGAAGUGCCCUAGGUUACAGAAUCAGCCUGAGCAGAAAAACUACAAACCCCUGACAGACAACGCGACCGAAACAGUCAGUGAGCCAUACCGUUUAUAUCGUUUCAUGGUUCCUCCGGCGUUCAUUGAAUCUCGCACUCUCGCAUUCGCAGGUGCUUAUAGGAGUCCUGCUACUACUCUCAUAGCUCAGGCGCAGGCACUUUGGAUCACUGCCUUUUUAGGCAACCAGAUCCCUUCCCUCCUUGAACCCGCCACUUCGGCUGAAGUCGCUCUACCAUCUCUCGAUGCGCGACCGGAUUCUUCACACUCAGAGACUCCAACGGUGAACGCCAGCACCACGACAAAUCGAAUUCUCUACGAGACUGUUUUGCAUACGCAAUUCUUGAAAUGGCGGUAUAGCAGAGGGUUUGGAGCACGAUUUCCUGAACUCUGGUUCGACUGUAUUCCAUAUAUAGAUCUUCUCCUUGGAGAUGUUGGAGUUCGGAAUAAGAGGAAAGGGGGGUGGUGGAGUGAAUGCUUCACGCCUUACUUCCCUAAGGACUACAAAGGGAUUGUGGAGGAAUUUCUAGAGUGUUCCAAAGGCAAGCUAUAG